AUGUACCUCAAGAUGCGAAUACCUUUCCAUCUGUCGUCUGGUCUUGAAGCCCGCUCGCCCACAGGGCUGCAACGUCGACAAGAGAUCGACGGCCGAAAGAUCACCACCAUUGUCAUACUCGCCGUGCUGGUCGUACUUAUCUUCGUCGCUUUUGCCGCCUUCUCCUGCCGCGCAUCCCGUCGCUCCACUGGCAACAACUCGAAAAACGCCCGCGGCGGCGGCUUCUUGAAAUCACUCUGGAACACCGGUACUGGCCAAAACAGAUACCGCCAGACCCAGGAUGAAAACUCCACCUCUACCGAGCAACUGACGACGCGCCGCCGCUCGCGGCCGUCCUCUGUUGCAUUCGACGCCUCGGCAGACCAACCGCAGACCGACGCCCGCUCCCCCAACAGCGCUGUGAACCGCAAUACCUCGAUACGCUCCGUCAUGACGCUGCCUGCGUACAGACUCGAUCCGAACGAUAACGAACAAGUUCUCGGUCGCGAGGGCGAACGCGGAGGUGUCGAUGUUGUCAUUGAAUACCCCACCGAAGAGAAUGAGGAGGAUCUGCGCGACCAAGAGAUGGAGGCUCUCUACCAGAUUCGCCUAGCCCGCCGCCAAGAGCUUGCCGAGCGUGAUGAGCGGAGGAGAGAGCGCCAUGAAGCGCGAGAACGUGGCGACCUGGUGGCCCUGGACAACAUUCGUACGAGAGCUAGAAACGCCAGCAACAACAGCGUUGUCGCCGUCCUUCGCGAAGAGCAUGAACGCCUCAAGAACGAACGCCUGAGGGCUGUCUCGAGUGUGUCAUAUGCCGACUUGGGUGUUGCACGUCACGACGGAACCCGACUCCGGGCCAACAGCAACGAGAGCGAACGAAUGGGCUUGUUGUCCGACUCGGCCAGUAUCGCUGCCACGUCGAUCCGUUCCGGCGCCGAGUCCGCCGCGAAUCACAGGAGAGGACGCAGUGCUAGCUCUGUAAUGAGCAUCGAAAGCGAUCUUCCCUCGCCGGGUUUCGCGCCGAGGUCCCGGGCCAACUCACGCCCGGACACUCCUCGCUUGGACACUCGCUCCGGCUCCAGUCCCGAAAUUAUCGAAGCCGACGUGGGUGAUGCUGGCAUGCCCAUUUACUCUCCACCCGGAUACGACGAGGUCUCACUGGACGACGAACGCUCUCGCAGUAAUACGCCCCAGCCAAGCACCGAGCCUCCACCAAACUAUCCGGGUCCUGCCCAACAACGUGCUCAAAGCAUUGCCUCGAGCAUGGCCGGCUUGGCUGCAGAAGACCAAACGACGGCUGGUCUGACAGGCGAACAGCGACAAACGAGAAAACCACAACUACCUAGCUUGCGUCUGCAGCAAGUGCCGCAGAUUGUCAUCGAGCCUUCCAGCGCCAGACCACACGAUGACAGGUGA